AUGCUGCUGCGCACUGCGUUCCUGUUGGGACUAGGUUUAAAUUUGCUUGUUAAUCCCAGAGCAAAAUGGACUGCAGCUGUCGCCCCUGGUUGUCGGCUGUCACAUUUGGGAUGCAGCUCAUUGCAUGUUCUUGGCGGAAGCAGUAACGUUUCCGGCACUGCCUUUAACCACACCCAAAUUUUCAAAAUCAACCAAUCGCAAUGUUUUGUGGGCCCCAGUUGUAGCCGCGGAUCAGCCGUGCCAAUUGCAGUAGGGGCAUAUCGCAAAGGCACCUCCAAUGGAGUCGACGGUGGGAGGCAGUCCAAAAAGGGGCAACCUCCACAGAAAGACAAAUUAGCUAAUGCAGUUAAAAAUGAACGGAGAUAUGGCAAGGGGACGAAUGGAGAUGGUGUAGGUGGAUUUGGCCGACAUUACCCGGAUGACCACGGUUACGGUGAUGGUGGCGGCUCCACCUAUCGAAGCCAAGGCGGCCGUCCUAAUUCGUACGGAAACAGCAAGACAGAUUAUGGAAACCAUAAAGGCAAAUAUGGAUCAACAAUUGGUAGUUACAUGCCGGAAAUUAAUCCCAGAGUGGACACUAGAAGCACCGAUGGAAGGGGGCAAAAUAAAGCCGAAAAUGCAAAGGGACGUUACAACACACGUAAUGCUAAUACACGCCAGAAGUACAACGGAAAAGGUGACAUAAACGGCAAAUUCAGCCCUAUGAGAUACGAGCCUCUUGGGCCAGGUAGAUGGAAUCAAGGUCGAAAAUCAGGCAACAAUGGGGAGGAUCGGUGGCUGAUCAAGGAAAAUGCGGGCAGCCAAGGUAAUAAGGGUUAUGAGGAGCAGCCUUAUGGCAACCGUGACCGUUUUCUGGAACCGCACGUAUACGAGAGCGCUGCAGGGGACACGUCAUGGCGGCAUCAAUAA